GCGAAGUUGUGCGCCAGACGACGCUGCAUCAGUUCGCGCUUAGACGUCAUCGGUGGAAAACCAGGCCAGCUCGAUCCACUCUAGCCUCGCCUCGACUCGUCUCGUUUUAGUCCGUGAGAUACUCGAUUCGAACCGCACAUACUUGACCACGUUCCUCCGGCGGAGGAAAAGGGCCAAAAUCAUCGAUUGUAAAAUGAUAUGCUAGACGAAACCCUACUUCGCAGCCCCGAGUGAACCGAGAUUAAGUGAAAGGCCGAUGGAUUAGUGGUGCUGGCCAAGUGAACUCAACUCUCCGGCUGACCCCUCACAUGUUUUCCAAGGCAACGGUUUCUUCUGUAUCUGUUUUCCGCUAAAAAUCUAACUACCGCCUGUAAUUAAAGAGCCCAUAAAUCCGCGGAGAGUAAACCUAGAGCUGAGCCACCAGUCAACAGUGAAAAUGAUUGUACGCCGUCGAUCCCGCCGUGCCCGCAUGUGGAACAUGGGGCUGUUGUUUUUAAUUUAUUACUGCGUCAGCAUCUACUCCGCCAAAGGAGACACUAAAGAUGGACAGUCCCUGCCUCUGGAUGUGGGCGCACUGGCCGAGGAUGCUGGCGAUGCCGAGGCCAACGGAGAGGAUACUCCAGAGAGAAACACAGAGGGCCAUUCCGUCCAGGACACAACACUGGCGUUUGAGGCUCAGGCGACCACGCAAUCGACCCCCAUUCAUAACGCGGUUCCCACCUGGCGCCCAAAGCGGGAAAACUGCACGCCCCCGGCAAUCGAGCAGUUCCCACAGCCGCUAAUGAACAAGUGGGCGCGGCAGCAUGGCGGCCUUAUCCUCCACAUACUGGUGGCAGUCUUCACUUUUUUCGGGUUGGCAAUAGUUUGCGAUGAGUACUUUGUGGCCAGUCUGGAUCGGCUUUGCGAGGAGCUAAAGCUAUCGCCAGAUGUCGCGGGAGCCACGUUUAUGGCCGCCGGAAGCUCGGCACCUGAGCUGGCUACUGUGGUGAUAGGAGUGUUCUUUGCUAAGGACGACAUCGGCAUCAGCGGGGUCAUCGGAUCGGCCGUAUUUAACAUUAUGUUCGUGAUAUCCGUUUGUGCCCUAUGCUCCGGUACCGUCUGCCAACUAAAUUGGUGGCCCCUGGUACGGGACUGCUUCUUUUACUGUGUUUCUAUUCUCGUAAUGUUAAUAAUCAUCUUCAACGACGUUAUAUCCUGCUUUGAGUCCGUCGUGAUGCUGCUCUGCUACGUAGGAUACUGCGUGGCCCUCCACUUUAAUACGGAGCUGGAACACUGGGCAAUGGGUCUGAACUUACCGUUCAAGCUGCCCAGCAAGGAGGAGCAGUCAGCUCUGGUAACCUACAGAAACGUGCCAGAAGGAUCCUACACGCAGGAAAGUGUCGCCCAGACCCAGGGACAGAAGGCCACAAAUGUAAACGAGAGCACAAGUGCGCAGCCGCAGAGCGACUACCAGAAUUACAGCGAUCCGAAUCCGACCUGGGACCCGAACGCUGCCUGGGGAGAUGAGAACCAGCCGAAUCCAGUUGCCAAUCCACCGCCCGUUGACGACUGGGGCAUGGGCCACAGUGGCCAGGAGAACAUGGGCUACCACGCCGACCAGCCAGAGUCUGUGGUCACUGGCGAGGAGGCAUCUGCGGCUGCCAAGGGUGGCCAGGGUGGUGGACAGGGUGUGUCUACUCAGCCCACCUCGGCGGGAGGAGUGGACUACUACAAGUCCACGGACAAGCAGCGGGAGCCGCGCCGCGAUCCCCUUCUGCGACCCACGGAAGGAGGGCUGCCAGCCCUGGUUUCGUGGUAUGUGGUUUACCCGAUCCACUUCCUCUGCAAGAAUACGAUGCCCGACUGUCGGCAGGAGCAGUAUCGCAACUGGUACCCCUUCACCUUCCUAAUGUCGAUGGUGUGGAUAUCGUUCUACUCCUACUUUAUGGUGUGGAUGAUUACAGUGAUAGGGUCCACGCUUGCCAUCCCGGACACCGUGAUGGGUUUGACGUUUGUGGCCGCUGGCGUGUCUGUCCCGGAUGCCCUAAGCUCAAUAGCCGUUAUCAAAGAGGGCUUUGGCGACAUGGCCGUGUCAAACGCAAUUGGCUCGAAUGUCUUUGAUAUACUAGUGUGCUUAGGUCUUCCCUGGUUCAUACAGACGGCCAUCAUAAAGCCCGGCUCGCACGUCAACGUAAUAUCUAAGGGACUAGCAUACUCCACGCUGUCGCUCUUCUCCACCGUUGUCUUCUUGAUCCUGUCGACGCACUUAAACGGCUGGAAGCUGGACAAGCGACUGGGCAUCAUUCUCAUGGUCUGGUAUUUGUUCUUUAUCACGCUGGCGUCGCUUUACGAGUUGAAUGUCUUUGGCUACAUGAACCCACCAGAGUGCCCCAGCACCUACUAAGCUCCAGACGAUGACAGCAGUGGAUCUACAUACAUGAUAAUUGCCAGCACCAAGUUUCGAAUACCACAUUUACAUACAUGUAGAGUUGUUCAAGGCCGCAGCUAUAACAAACCCAAAACACUGAAAACACAAAGAAAACGACGCAUUAGGAGUAAUAUUUACCUAACGUUAAUUAGAGGAGAAAUUUAAUACUCAAAACGCGUUUUACAUGGAUUUUUACAUUGCACCAAAAGAAUGAUAAACCAAAAAAUAAAUAUUGUAAAUGUAAAUGUAUACUAUAUUUAUUAAUACGUAUUGUAAGGACACAUAGGAAAAUGAUAACCAAUAAUGGUGUAAUUUCUUUUCCAUUGAAAAUUUUUUUAAAUUUUCGCAAUUAUAUUACAAUUAAAUUUAAAAAUGUUCGUUAACUUCAAAACAAAACACGGUCUUUGUGGGCUUCAUUUUUUUGUUUCUCCGAUGAUCAUUGCGAAACUUGCAUAAGAUGAUUGAAGGUUUAGUAAUGAAACUCACGCGUAUAGGAAGAGGGCCACUUACCGUAUAUAAUUAUUGUUAUGAUUUUCAACGACAUAAAAUGAUUUUUUAAACUCCAGAUCUUUUAAAAAAGUUUCUCAAUUUAAAGGGAAUUACACAUGAAUAUGUAAGAAAAGAAAAGUAAUUAUAAAGCAAAAAUACAACUGUAGAUAGGGAGACAAAUUUAUAUAAUUAAAAACAAAGAACAAGCAAAAUUAGGUAUUGCAGAUAAGGGUUUUAAUUAACAACACAAUAUGCCCACAAAACUUAUGCAAAUCUAUAAUAUAACUUAGUCGAGUUAUGUUUAUGUAUAUACUUUUGAUUCACAUCUCUUUUCUAUACUUUAAUUAAUUAUAGACCCUUAUUUUCGGAUUCUCGAAACAAUCUCCGUUGACUGUUGAAAUUACUCUCCUCCUAGUUUUAAACCAAGAGAACGAAUAUUUAGAGACAGACCAGAUAUGCAGAGCUAUAAGCUGAACAAGAACAACGAAUUUUAUUUAAAAUUUGAUUACGAAAUUUGUUCUUCAAAUAAAUAAGAACAAAUUGUUAAUUUAACUUGAUUUGCAAUCGAUUAUUUAACGAAACUAAUAAAACAUCCUAGCUGUUCGAAAUAUAAAUUAUCAGUAAAGUGCAAAGACAUUAAUUACGACGGCAAUUAAUCGUGUCAAUUUAUUAUUGUAAAUAAUAACCACAUAUAAAUAUUUAUUGAGCAAUGGAACACAUAUUAAACAAUUCAGGUCAAUUGUGCUGCAUUCUACGUUCAAAACCAGUCAUUUUCACGGUUCAGUGUAUGUGUUUUCUUAAAGGUUUAAAAUGAUAAAGUGUUAAUUUUAAAGGUUUCACAUACCGAUUCUUGGUAAUUGCAUUGAGACCAUCAUCAGUAGCACAUUUUACCGCAUUUUGCAGGUUUGUUGUUUCAAAAAUUCAAUGUAAAAGUUGAUAGUCAUUAAACAGUACAACUCAGAACCACACCAAGAGUAUAUUUUAAGUAUGUGUUAUUUGUCUAUUAUAAGAGAAUUCAAUGCACGCGUUAUAUGAUGUUAGCCGUUUGGCAGUAUGUAAUUACUUCUUGGCCUACCCAGCUCCUGAAACCGGUCCGAUUCCGGCUGAUUAUUCACCUUCACAAGAAUUAGUAUCCCGUAUAAAGACGUUGCAGCUGGUGGUCGAUUAUGACACGGAAACAGAAUCAGGCGUUUAGCUAAAAGCAAUGUCUGAGACAAAUAGUAUGUAUCCAGUAUAUGCACCCAGUUAUCCACAUACAACAACCGAUACUAUUCAUGUGGACAAGCUCAAAUCAUAGUUAAGUACUACAUAUAUAAAUACAUAUUAAUUCUACAUAUUUAUACAGAGCGAGGACAUACAUACACUUACAAAUACAGCAUUCUCCUUAAAGGCUAUAGAUUAUGUAAACAAUCUUCCAGAACCGAAUCAAUCACAAGCUAGGCAUAGUCAGCGAUCAACUUUUAAGUUAUCAAUCAGAGUCGACCUGCGAGUUUUAAAUUUCAGCUCAAAAAUAUCUUUUAUCCUCUCUCCUGUGAGCAAAUUGUUACUUUUUUAUGUUGAUAAUAAUAUAUAAUGAUGGUAAUA